CGUGAAUUGUCAUCGCAGGCGAGCCCGCAGUAUAGUCAAUAAUUUCGAAAGUAAUAUACAAGUACAUGUAUUUGCAAGUCAACGAGUCCAAAAUGUGCCCAAUUUUGUGUGACAAGAUCAUUUUUCGUACAAUUUUGUAAAUUUACCGCAAUUCAAUAAUUAUUGUUUGUGAAAAUAUGUGAAUUAGUAUCAGUUAUUGCGACGCAUUCAGCAUUGAUUCGGUUGGCUUGUUAAGUGGCAGGAAAAUGGCUGCAGAUAUUGUAAACAAUAUACGAUGAAAUGCGACAAAUGCGAGCUCGUGAUGAAUUCAUGCAUUGCAUAAAAGCAGGCAAUUUUUAUUAAAUUAACGUAAUAUAUAUAUAUAUAUAUAAAAGUUGUUCACACUAUUUUCUGUGAGGCCUUGUUUUUAAAAUGCCAAAUUUAGCUGGCAAAAAGCUAGUUCCAAACUAGAGCAGCACUUGUUAUAUGCACUUUUAUUUUAUUUGACAUUUAAACGUACAUGUAUUGGCAAUAUGGAUCUAGAGGAAUUUCUAGCGCUAGAGCGCCAGCAGUUGGAAUUCGAUCGCCAGCGUCUGGCUGCAGCUAGCAACACUCUUCAGAAUGGUGCAAACAAUUCGCAGGGCGUUUGUCCUGCCACCUUGUUAAUGCAAAUGGAAGGCUACAAGCCCAAGCAAUGUCAGCGCAUGGCCAACAAAAGCCACAGCGAGUGCAAUGAACUCGAAAAGGCCUCGAACUCGGCCUUAGCAACGCCUAACCAAAACUCCGACCUGCAGCUACAGUUGAGCGUAGAGGAGAACUUGCCGGAACUGAAGCUGGAGCAGGAGCCGGAACAGGAACAGCGGCACCAGAGGAACCUAUCCGCCACCUCACCACUUAGCCUAAAGUCGGCCAAGGAAUUUGUGAAUCAGUGCGAAUUGCUUAUUGGCAGCGCGCGACAAUAUAAAUCACCAAAUGAGACGUAUCGCAAUUUGGAAAGCGAGCGACCGCAGAGCGAGAAUCGUUUGCCAAUUGGGAAGCGAGCGACCGGCGAUGACAUGGAGCAAUGGGUUACGGACACAUUUUAUUCGUAUUUUCCCGGCUUCAACAAUGAAAAUCAGAAGCGCCAAAAUUAUUUGCGUGAGCGACAGCGCGAGAAUCAGCAGAACUUGCUUAAGCACCAGAUGCUGCACCCGCCUUUGGGUAAACAGCGAAGACAGCUGAAGCCAACCACAGCAACGCCAACAGCAACUUCAGUGCCGGCCGGAGAGGAGCUGCAGACCACGGCGCGCUCCAGUCAAUCCAGCACAAGCACAAACCAUAGCCGAACGGAUAAGACUGACCUAGAGUUAAUUGUAAAUAAUAACCCCAACUAUGUGCCGCCGAAAAUACGUACGGCCACGACACGCCAGCAGCUGCUCCAUGAUCUUGGCCACGUUGAGCUCUCCAACAUUGUCUCCGGCGAUGGCAUCAACGAGCGCAACAUGCGCAGUGCCGAACUGGAGACGGCACGCAAGAAAGAGUACCAGCGGGACUUGAUGCAGCAAAUCGAAGAAAAGCGUCGGUCCAUCGAGAUGCUACGAGAAAAGGAACGGCGACAGGAGGAGGCGCUGACCAGGCGCCUGGAGGCACAGCUCAAGACGAUGCACUUGGAGGAGCAGCUCGAAAAGGAAAAGAAGCGCGCUGAGAAGGCACGCAUUGAGACGGAACGGAACCGUUUGAUGCGCGAAAAGCUGCUGGCCAAACUGGAGGAGGAUGCGCAGCUGUUGCAUGCGAAGGAGCUGAAUAAUUCAAAGGAUAUCAAAGCCAACGCCAACAACAACAACACCAACAACAAAAACAGCACCAACAUCAAUAACAACAACAAUAAUAAUAACAGCAAUGCCAACACAAAUAAGGUCUACAAAUAUUUCAGCAAUUCGGCACGGCACGAAUAUAGACGCGGCCAGCCGUUGCCGCCGGGCGUGGAGCUCGAUUUCGAACUGCCUCAAAUGGCGAAGAUCGAGCGCGAAUGCUUCCAUUUGUGCGAGAAGAUCUGCCCGCUCUGCGACGAACCGCUGAAGAGCUAUGAGAGCUGUUGCCUGCGAUGCCAGCGCAAAUUGGCCUUGAAACUGAAGCCGCCGAGCAGCGAAGCGCCGACAGCAACGAGCGAUGAGGCGACUGUGGAACCGGCUGCUGCAGUUGAUCACAGCUGCCAGAAUAGCUAUGCGCUUGUGUGCUUGAAGUGUGAGCGCCUGUACGCCAUGUGUGGCCAGUGUCUGGUGAAGAGCGAUGUCUGCCGCGCCUGCCAGCGAGAGCGCAAUGUCUGCAUGAAUUGCCGCCGCAAUCUGUGCUCCUUUUGCCUGGAGGAGAUCGCCUGCGGUCGCGAUGCCGAGCGCACGCAUAUUAAUGAGCAACUGGACCGCGAACAGCCAACAGAGGAUUCGUUUCGCGUGCUGGAAGUCAAUUGUCCGCCGGCAGCAGAGAACAAUAGCUCCAACCCAGUGGAUACGACGUCGCCGCCGUACUCCUUUAAUAUAUCUCCAAACUCGGUGUUUCACGAGGACUAUAAGCCCACGCCUGUGAAGCCAUUGCAGCUGGAUCAGGAGCCGCUGCCCACCGUCUCGGGCAGUGCGAACAACAGCUUCGAGGUUGACAGCGCCGAUGAGCAAGCCAUGAAGCGGGUGAGACGUCAGACGGAUCAGCGCUUGUCGCGUUACCUGAAAAACUAUGGCGACUUGGCACUCAAGCAGCAGCAGCAGCAGCAGCUGGAGUUGCGCAGCAAAAGUGAAUCGCGUCAUCGCGGCACACAAACAACACCACAGACCUUGGGAAGGCGCGAUAUCGUUCUACACGAGACUCCCACGCAGAAUUUAUCAAUGCCUCUGUUGCGCGAAAUGCCCAAAAUGACGCGCAAAGACGCGGCCCCAACGCUGGACGGCAAUCGGCAGCAGCAAAAAAUGGACAAUCUUAAGAAGCGCUGGGAGGUGCCCGUCGUGCAGAAGUUCACGGUGUCUACAUCGUCCCCUAAGAUCCUGACACAAGUGGGCGCAAUACGCAAGCAACUGCAGGCGGCGCGUUUCUAUGAUGAUGGCCAGGACGCCGACGACGACGACGACUACUGAGAGCUAACGCCAAUUUUUCAACAGCUUCUCGUGAAAAAUUGCCGAUGUUUAGUUGAUGUUCAGUCGAAAUUGCUCAGUAAAAAUAAUUAAAAAAAAAAAAAAAAAAAAACAGAUUUAGUUUUCUCGAUUUCUCUAUAUACUUUAUAUAUUCAUUGCGCUUAAAAAAUUGUGUAAAUUCGAUUGAUUUUAAGUUUACCAUAGAUAGUUUUAUAUUUCCUUCCUUUACCAUUGUCACUCCAUUUUAUUUCGUUUAGUAUAUUUGGCUAUCCAAAAACUAAUCACUGAGAUAUUUAUUAUAUGAUAUAUGAUACCAUGUGCUUCUGCUGUUAAGCAGCUAUCAAGUUUACGUAAUACUUAAGUAAAAAGUUUGUUAAUGUUUUUUAUACACAUAUACAUAUAAAUUAAAUGACAUUGUAUUCAAUUGAA